AUGGCAUACCUCCGAACUGGUGCGGAGUUUAUAGCAUCGUAUCGUUCCAGUCUUAAUCGAAUGAGUGAUCUUCAACAAAAGAUAAAGAUGUUCGGAUUCAACAAUGCUUACUAUAAUCAGGUCGGACUUUUGAAACAUGAUUGGCUGCCUCAUAGUCCUGUUUGGUGCGAAGCUCUUCGUCGACUUCCACGUGAACUACAGGAAGCUAGGGACUUUCGAAUCGCACGAGCGUCGCUUCUCUACGCUUCGAAACAUGUUUUGCCGAAAGAACAGUGGACUACUAUUGAAGAUGAUAUCCCAUACUUGGAGCCGUACGUUAACGUUGUUGUGAAGGAAAUGAGUGACCGGUCAAAUUGGGAUAAUUUUGUUAACCCUGAGAUAUAUAGUGGAUAA